AAAUCACCCAUGGCAGCCGCAGUCACAACAACAGCAGCAGCAUCCCUUUUAUAUCUUCGGGCGUCCCCCUGCUCAGCAACAGCAUCAGCAGCCACAGCAACAACAACAGCAACAACAACAACAGCAAUUUCAGCAACAGCAACAGCAACAGCAGGAACAGCAACAACCUCAACAACCGGGUAUUAUAUUUCAACCGCCAAACUUACUUAACAGUACACAGAUCAAGACAACCA